AUGUCCAGAAUGAGUUCAUCGGAACUAAUGCGGAUGGCUCCAACGCUGCGCCAUUGCCCGCUCACCCCAAAGGGCCUCAACAGGGCGAAGAGCACGCCCUUCAUGAUGGUCGAGGACUCCUCAGACGAUGAGGCAAAGAAGGAGAUCCCCAUGUCCCCGUUCUUGACCACACCAAAUCCGGUCAAGCAGACCAAGGUUCCCUCCCUGGUGGACACGACAGAGGCAGCCGCCAAUGCAAAGCAGUUGGAGGAGGUGCCGGAAAGCCCUCCGCCCACGGUCCCGACACCUGCUGUGAAGCCGGAGGCACUCGGCUCGCCAGCACAUGCACAGGAUUUUCUCGAGUUUGAGCAUUUGUACCACAAAGCAUGGCGUCCCAUGGUUCUUCUUAAGGGAGACCUAUUUCUGGUUUCCAAAACAGGGCCCAGAUAUCGGACAGACGUAACCACGGGAAUCGGCCUCACUUACCGACCAGUUCGCUGGCAUCGCAAGGUGCUCUGGCGGUUGCCUAUGCAGAUACACUACUUGGUCGAUGCGGGAGCGAAAGUAGAGGUUGCCGUGGUGAAAUGGUCAAAGACGCUUGCAUGCCUGUCUCGGAUGCGGAAGCAUGCCGCCGACAUGCAGGGUGCAGAAAGGGGUGUCGUCAACUUUACCAAGGAAAGCGAUCCUAGCUACUUCAGCAUCGUCGAAUCCAACCAUUUCCGUGAGCUGACUCACAUUGCGCUUCGAGUUCGACAAGGUUCAGACGAGGUGGUGAAGAAGCACCUCGCUCACAAGCUCCGUGCUGCUCGAGCGGAGGCUGCGAGCCUCAGCCAGCGCCUUGCCGCCAGCAGCGAGGCGUUGACACAGAGCCAGAAGCAGGUGAACGAGCUGACGGCCCGUGCGGGGGUCGUCGCCAACGAGCGAGCGCACCUGGAAGAGUCCUUGCAGGCUACUCAUCAGCGGGAGCUGGGUGACCUCAAGGAUGAGCACGCCCGGGCUCUGACUGAGCUGCAGCGUUCUUCCAGGGAGGAGCGAACGCGCAUGGAAUCCGAGCAUAAGCAGGCAUUGCGAGCUGCUUUGGAUCGUGCACAGAGUGCCGAGGGCUCCGUGGAGGAACUCAAGCGAACCCGGCAAUCACUGACAGUGACGGGGGAAAGUUGUCGCGAACGUCUGGAGGUGGCUGAGCGAAAGCUGAAGGAGGCCUCGCAAGAGACUAGCGAGCUUCGUUUGCAGCUAAAGCAGCUGGAAGAGCUGAAGUUUCGACACGAGCGAGACCUCAACGGCCUCCAGGUGCAGCUGGCCUCUGUCAAAGAACAACUGGCCGUGCGCGAGCAGCACACGGCAAGCCAGGCAGCUCAGAUCGAAGAGGCUGUCAGGGAGCGCAGGACGCUCGAGGAAAGUCUGGCCACCGUCAAGAAGCAGGCUGCAAUGGCGCACUCUAUGCAGCUGCAGGCGAUCGAGGGCCGUUUGCAGAAGGCUCUUGAGCGUGUUCGAUUAGUCCUGAGCACAGAAAAAACGCCACAGCUGGCGGCGAAUGUGCACCACCAGUACAAUGACAAGUACUUUCUGGUGGAAAGGAGCACUUGCAUAGCCGCCGCGUCGCAGCUGAACUGCCUAGCAGCUCUUGGACUCACAGCAGACCAGCUCCGCGGGCUUCGAGCUUGGAUGCCAGCACAGGUCUCGCUGCGUUUCAGGUCUCAGGAGAAGUGUACCUUUCUUCGCGAAGAGAAGCGCGAGGAGGAGGAUCCAAGAAAGCGCGUAGAGGAAGUCUCCGUGGGCGGCGUCGCGCGGGCCAGCUGGUCCAGCAAGGUCGUGACGACCAUCACGGAGUAUUUCUGGAAGUUCGAGACCAGUUACACGCUGGAAGCUUUUCGCGGCGUUGGAGCAGAAGAUGCCGACAGGCUCCUACUCCUGUCCAGGAACGGGCAGGUGGAGCUGAAGACCAGCGCCAAAUCGCCCCCGCCGCAUCCAGAAGCACGGGUGCCUGCUGUCAAUCAGGAGGUGAACAUUACCUGGCUUCUGCAGCUGUUAUCGCAGGAAGGCACGUCCCCGCUCUUCAAGAUCGACCGGGCUGCUACAGGAUGCAGUACGCCGCGGCGGAACCAAGAUGUAGACAAAGCCUUCGCGCACUUCACAAUGUUCACUCAGUGGGCUAACGGUGUUUCAGACUACCUGCAACACCUCAGUGCCGUCGAUCCCAGGACCGCUCCGCAGCUGCCAUUGGAGGGCGUUUUCGCACCCAUCCUGCCGUUGAUGGUGAGCGGUCAGACCUCCAGUCCAAGACCUGCAGAGCCAGCCGGCACGUUAGCCUCACUGAAUCUGGCCAGUGAUGUUCCAGACAGCCUAGUCCUGUCGGUGUCAGACGGAAAUCGCCUCCUCAACGAGGAGAUGCGAACCAUGAAAGAGCAGCAGGGGAACAUCUGCGAAAGUCUUCCGGGCAAUGAUGGCAUCUACACACACGUGGAGUGUGGGUUGCACUUGAUUCUGCGGCAUUGCGAGAAUGUCGCGAAGCGCUGGAGUGAAAUGGUGGAGUAUGUGGAAGGUAUGCUCCGGAAACAGCUGAUAGACGCUAUUGGCAAGGAGGUUACGCCGGCCCUCUUUGCAGCGUACAUGCGGUUCCACUACCGCAAGCUGUUCCGACAGGCGUUUCAACCUCGCCAGUUCUGCUUCGCUGUGCGGCGGUCAGAGCGACACAGUCCAGAGGGAACUGUAAGCAUCGAAGAGGAUGCCGUGGGGCUGGAUGAGUCCAGCAUUCGGAGCCCGAUCGUGACCAUUGCCAACUGCGCCAGUGCGCCGUGCACCAUGAGCUUUCCACUGAAUGCAUCGACGGAGGUCUCCUUCACUGGCGACGUCUAUCUGCAUGGAUGGCUGUCUCACCGCUUCUCAGGCGCCUCUGGUGCGGCACUGUACCUCACCUCCCGAGCUCGACAAUUCAGCUCCAUGCUGGUACUGGUUGGCCGGGUCGCAUCCGCGACUUCCUUCGACCCCAAGUUUGCAGCCAUCCUCCAGAACAAAGAUGAGCUGACAAUUCCGCUGGAGCUGUCAAUGAUACCUACCCCAAAGGAGUUCAAGGAUGCCAUUGCCUCCCUGUCGCCGCAGCAGCAGGCCUUCGCCAAGGCCUUCCGGUCGAUGCAGUUGGAGAGCACGCUGUUCGGCGUGCUGGUUGUCCAGAUCAAGCCUCAGCUCGAGAAGCUCCUGAAUUUGCCGGACGACAGCCUCACCAAGGAGAUCAAACUCACCCAGGAUCUCAUGGACCUGUUCAUCAAGUACCAGAUUCCCAGCGACCUGUUGUCCUUCAGCGACGAUACAAGUGAUGCGGAGGUGGCACCAGCGCAGCGGUUGGAAAUGGUCAAAGGCCACGUAAAGGCCAUGCACGACAUGAUCCAGCAGGAAAAGGAAGCUGAGCUGUUGGCGGCACGCCAAGAAAUGGAAUAUGGUGCGCCACAACUGCGGAGCCAGAUAACGGCUGACUCGGACUACAGUGACGAAAGCAUGGGCAUGUCGGUUCCACUGUCCGAGUGCGAGGAGUGCGACGAGGACUUUGGUUCAAUGGAUGGCGACUGCGCAAUGCCAAUGCCUGAAGCUCGGUCGGCGCCCGUCGUCCACAAGAGGAUGAAGGUGGAGAGGAAGAUGGAGGAGGUGUGUGAGAAGGAGUCUGUGAGCGUGGACAAGCGCAGCAUGGAGAAGGACCGAGAUCGAGACCGAGAUGGUCGGGACGGCGCGUCAGCUGCAGCCUCCUCAUCUGGCCGUUCGGGCCAACCCGCCCAGCAAGUGCAGUCGUCUCAGGCCUCUGGGCAGCCUGGCGGAUCUGGAGGCGGCUUGCCGUACGUGCGGGAUUACACGAAGGUGCCCAAGCAGAUGGAUGCCCAGUUCGAGACUUUGGCUCCGGACAGUGCUCUGCGCCCGACUAUCAUAAACCCUGGAGUUUGCUGGACAAAGAGAUCGCAGAAAGCCUUGCUGGCACAGCCGGUGACGUCAACUCUCUUUUUCGAUGAUCAGAAAGCAGAGAAGGAUGCGGCCUUUGACUUGCUGGAUGCCAUCACGAAAUCUGGUGCUUUGCCUCUCAGCCAUGCAGCGCUCCACAUUGUGAUAGCUGCGACGCACUGCUUCGACAAGACCGUCACGGAGACAGUAGUGCAAGACAACGUGAACCCCAUCGACAAGGUCGAGCGCUCUACCUUGAUAGUUGCAUCAACCGUGCACCAGCAGCCUGUCGCAGCUCUCAUCGAUGAGGCCUCAGUGGCCCGGGUGAGCACCUCGAGCCCACAGCUCUUCCUGGAAGAUUCGUAA